AUGGAGGUCAACGAGGACACCAUCCCGGAGCUGCAGCCCAUCUUCUCGCUGCUCAACAGCCACUCCAACAAGCUGUAUCACGAAGGCUAUUUUCUGAAGCUGGAUGAUCAAAACACUCAGGGCAAGCCAAACCCCGAUAGAACGUGGGCCGAAUGCUUUGCACAGCUUGUCGGGACCGUGCUCUCUUUGUGGGACGCUGCAGAGCUGGAUACUGCUGGUGAAGAUGGAGAAGUGCUUCCUAAAUUCAUCAACCUCACAGAUGCAUCCAUCAAAGUGAUUGACUCUUUGCCGACUCGUUCAAGCGACGAGCAGCCGCUACAGAACAUCCUUAGCCUGUCCACCGCUGGCAGAAACCGUUACUUGCUGCAUUUUUCUUCGCAUGAGUCGCUGAUAGAAUGGACAUCCGCUGUUCGGCUGGCCAUGUACGAGCAUGCUGCUCUCCAGGAGGCAUACACUGGUGCCCUGAUUGCCGGCAGGGCCAAAUAUCUCAACAGUAUUAGCGUCAUGAUGGAGAGAUCCAAGUUUAAGAUUGAGGUGUGGGUUAGGGUCCGGUUUGGAGCUGGUGUGCCAUGGAGGCGCUGCUGGUGUGUCAUCACGCCGCCUGAUGAGAAGGAGUACAGCAAGCUUCAAAAGGAGUUGAAAAAGAAGUCUCCCUACGACCGAUCUGCCGCUCGCAUCGUCCGAGGAGACAUCAAGUUCUACGAUGUCAAGACCGAAGGCAAGAAGCAAAAGCGGACAAAGCCCGUUGCUUCCAUCAGCGAAGCCUAUUCUGCGUAUGCCAUCUAUCCUCAGGCCAAGUCUCUGGUGGACGCUUCAACCCUCAUCAAGAUCGAAGGCAACAUUUCCAUCCACUCCACACCAGCAUCGUCUUCCGAAGGCUUUGUUUUCAUCAUGCCCGAGACGCGCCCCGCUGUUAGUGGCUUCGAGACGAUGCUUCGCUUUUUGUUUCCGACGUGGGACACCUUUGGCCUGUACGGCCGCCCGGGUAGACUUGUUGCCAGCGUGCUGGACGCUAGGUCGCUCAUGUUCGCCAUGCCCAGACAUAAGAAAUACGGCUACCUGGACCUCCAGGACGUCUCUACGCUCCUACUGGACGGCAAAAGCUCAACCUGGAAUGAGAGGGAGUGGCGAAAGCGUCUCAAGGAGGCCACCGGCACGCGGAUGAACUCGAUUGAGGAUGGAAGCCGUGCUUAUUCCCCCGCCUCCAACAGGGCCAGCAACAGAAUAAGUUACCAGAAGCCCAGAGUAGGUUUCGCCGGGGACCGCCAUUCUUCCGAAUCAAACAGCCCCAUUUCCAUGGGCUCAAACUCUUCGCCAAACGACCAGUCUCCCUUUGAGCUGGCUGGGCGAGUGGGCAGCUCGAGCUCAGAUGAGGGUCGGGUGGUUACGCCAAACGCCUACGUCGAACCCAUUGAGACCAGCAUGGGAGUCAUUCGCACCCCCGAGCCUGUUGUUCGGCCCGCGAUGGUUGCGCGCGAUUCUCACGAUCGCCCUUCGGGUGCACCUUACAACUCGGCUGAACUCCGCCGGGCCAACAAUCGCCUGUCUAACGGCACUCUGGCUCAAAUGGCCAAGGCUGGUGGCAUU